AGUACGCCAAUUUUGACAAGACGCGUGACAACGCGUUGACUAAUUUUUUUUUUCAGUUUUUUUUCCCUUACAUUAAUCUCAUUAUGUCAAGCGACGACAUUACUUAUUCUUCACAACCGUUUGAGCCUGGAUCAGCCAUGAAAAAGAGAAAGAUAGUCCAUAAAGACACCAGCAGUGAUCCACCCGCUAGUUUUGAAGACGAACUAAAAAUGUUGAAUGAGGAUAUGGACGUCGAUAUUCAAAUUGAAAACACAGAAGCCACUUGGGGCCGUCCUAAAGCACCUUUACUUGAUCCUACCAAAGACAAAAUAGUCUUUCAACAGAUUGAAGUGGAUGAAUAUAUGGACUUUAAUGCUUUUAAACCUGUUGCUCGAUUGUAUGGUGCUACUGCGAAUGGUCAUAGUGUCGUGUGUCAUGUCAGGGAUUUUCUGCCCUAUUUCUAUUUCCCUGCUCCUGUUGGAUUUCAACAUAGUCAUUUACCUUCUCUCAAGUCAUCUUUAGCUGUAAGUAUAAUGGACCAAACAAACAAGUAGCUCAUAUGAUCACUAGUCUGCUGUGGGACGUAUAAAUGCUGUUGAAAGUGUCGAGAUUGUGAUGAAACAAAGUAUUUAUGGGUAUCAUGGUGAUCACAAAUCACCCUUUAUUCGAGUCACCACAAGAGACCC